AGAUCCGGCAGAGGUUCAGCUGGAGUGAGAACAGGGGUCGGUGUUGCGGGCUGGGAUCUUGAUAAAACCAGGAAACAUGAUUUCAGAAGGAGGUUCGUUUAUGCGUGGCAUGUUGAUAGGAGGAGGCUUCUGUGUAGUCAUCACGCUUCUGGGACAUAUUAAAGUUGGACAUGAACAUGGUAUCUCCCAUGAACAUCAUCACAUUCAGGCACCAGAUAAGGAGCAAGUUAAGAAGCUGUCGGAAGCGGAACGUGUGGAACUCAGCCAGAGCAUGCGUGUGUAUUGUAUAAUCCUUGUAAGGCCAAAAGACUUAAGUCAAUGGGCUGCUGUCCGUGAAACCUGGAGCAAACACUGUGACAAAGCUGACUACUACAGCUCGGAACCAAUGAAAGUGUUUGACUCCAUUUCUGUCGACACCAAUGACAUGUGGACGAUGAUGAGAAGAGCCAUCCAGAAGGCCUAUGAGAACAACAAGAACGAGUACAACUGGUUCUUUAUAUGCACGCCUUCCACCUUUGCAGUGAUCGAAAACCUGAAAUAUUUCCUACUCCAAAAAGAUCCUUCUCAGCCAUUUUACAUCGGCCACACUAUGAAAUCCGGAGACUUGGACUACGUUGAUAUCACUGGCGGAAUAGUAUUGAGCAUUGAGUCGCUGAAUCGCCUUUCCGCCGUUUUCGAGGAGCCGGAGAAAUGCCCCGAGCAGGGCGGCUUGAUAUUUAAGAUGGCCGAGGAUAAGCAGCUGGCGAUGUGUCUCAAAUACAAGGGAGUCUCGGCAGAGAAUGCAGAAGACUCCGAAGGUAAAGAUGUCUUCAACACGAAAUCUGUUGGCUCGCUCAUUCAAGAAGCCAUGGCCAAAAAUCCCCAGAAAGUGGUGGAAGGAUGUUGCUCAGACAUGGCAAUCACUUUCAGUGGUAUAUCCCCCAACGUCAUGCACGUCAUGAUGUACGGCGUAUACAGACUGAGAGCAUACGGACACACUUUCAAUGAUGCUCUAGUUUUUCUACCCAAACCUGACUCUGACAACGAUUGAUGUUUGGGAAUCAUGGCCGUCAUCACUUCCCGCUGAGAUUUUUUUCACACAAAAAAAAAAA